CGCAUCCUCUUCAGCUGUAUGUGCGUGCAUGUGUAUGUGUGGGUGUGUGCGUGUGUGUGUUUGUAAGCGCCUCCGUGCAAUCUAUUAAGUGUUGUAUAUCAAAUAUCAAUUGAAUAUAGUGAAGAAAUCAAACAGGCGUCCGACCGCUCGCAUUCUAUCCAAAAUAAUUGUUGUUUUACACAAGCGCGAGUUUCCGUUGUGCUCUGUCUCUGUGCCGUUUGUUGUUGCUAUUGCUAUUGCUAUUUGUUGUUGUUGUUUCUGUGUAUCUGUUGACGGCAACGCGCAACGGCCAACUGAUGAAUUUCAAUUGUUUUCAUUAAACGCAACAAAAAAAAGAAAAGAAAAAUUUAUGCGCGCGCCGCACGCCCCAAACGACGCCCCGUCACAGUAGCAGCACACGCACACACGCCCAAGAUCCAGCUUGAAAUCAAACACAACACAACGCAACAAAAUCAAAGUAACAAAUGGCCUCCAAUAGUUUUGGCAACGUUGCUGCCGCUGCAGCGAUGACCUCCUCCACGUCCUCUGCCUCAGCCGCUGCCGCUGUCUCUGUCUCUGCCUCCGCAGCUGCAGCAGCGGCAGCAGUAAAUGCUGAUUUGUGGCGCGAAUGCGUUGCCUGGUUGGUACGUUGCAAGGUGAUACCCACGGAUCACAAGGCUGCGCUGCCGGAUGCCGAGAUACGCAUACUGGCCAUGACACUGCGCGAUGGUGUGCUGCUCUGCAACCUGGUCAUCCAUCUGGAUCCAAGCAGCAUGGAUGCACGCGAAUUCAAUCGCAAGCCACAAAUGGCACAGUUUCUGUGCUGCAAGAACAUCAAAUUGUUUCUGGACGUCUGUCACAAUCAUUUCAACAUACGCGACGGGGAUCUCUUUGAGCCAACGAUGCUCUAUGACUUGACCAACUUUCAUCGCGUGCUCAUCACUCUCUCCAAGCUGUCGCAGUGCCGCAAGGUGCAGCAGAUGCAUCCAGAGCUGCUGGGCUUCAAUCUGCAGCUGUCGCCAAGUGAACGUUCCCAUUCGGAUGAGGCCAUUUACAAGGAUUUGCAUUCCACCAAUGACAUGAAGAAAACUGGAAGCAUCGAUGCCACCGGAUCAUCAUCGUCGGAAUAUUACGAGCGCACCUCGCACAGCGGCUCACUGUCCGUAGAGGAUGAGAACAGCGAUAUAACGAUUGAGAAUGGCACCGAGGACAUUGACGAUUAUAUCGAGGACUCACUGUCCAACAUGUGUGAUACAGCGAUCGACAAUGACUCCGUCAUCGUUGACGUCAACCAAUCCGUCCAGGGACAAUUGCGUGCUCUCUCCUUUGACCUGACCCUCGACGUGGCCCACAACACCAGCCAAAUGGACUGUGUGACACCGACACCGACACCAACACCACAAAUGGAGGCGCCACCCAAGGCGAGCACUUCGGCAGCUGCCGCCGCUGAGGCAGCAGCAUCAACAGCAUCCAUGACAUUUGCAUCAUUUUCUGGGUGUGAUAAGCGACAACAUCAUGCAUCCACCAGCUCCUCAUCAUCGUCGCUGUUUGUGAGCGAAAGCCAGAAAUUGCAGCGAGCUGCCGCUGCUGUCUACAACUAUAGAUCCUCGAUCCAGAUGUCAACGGAACACGAAUACGCGUACAUCAAUGACAUCUACAGCGAGGAUGAUGAAAAGGUUUAUGAGGAUUUGUGCUACGUUACGUUCCAGUCAAAGGUCAAACCAGAGGUUACCACCGACAAUAUUGCAUGCAAUGGAACCGUUUAUGAUCACACGAACACAAAAGAAGAGGAGGUCUAUCAAGAUUUGUGCGCCCUGCACAGAACGAGUAGAGGCCAGACAACAUCGACGACCAGCUUUGAGCAGCGAGAUUAUGUCAUACGCGAACUCAUCGAUACGGAAUCCAACUAUCUGGAUGUACUCAAUGCACUUAAGGCCAAGUUCAUGCUUCCGCUGGAACGGCAUCUUAAUCAGGACGAACUGCGGAUCAUCUUUCCACGAAUACGGGAGUUGGCUGACAUACACACCAAAUUUCUUGAGAAGCUACGCGAAUCGCUGGCGCCCAUGACAAAGCAAAAGAUGGGACAGGUAUUUCUCGAGUUUCGGGAACCCUUUCUCAUCUACGGCGAGUACUGCUCCUGUCUGUUGAAUGCCAUAGAUUAUCUGGCCGACGUUUGCAAAAAAAAUCAGAUAAUUGAUCAGCUGGUGCAGAAAUGUGAGCGUGAAUACAAUGUGGGUAAGCUGCAGCUGAGGGAUAUACUCUCAGUGCCAAUGCAGCGCAUUCUCAAGUAUCAUCUGCUGCUGGACAAGCUGGUGAAGGAGACGUCACCCCUGCACGAGGAUUACCGGUCGCUCGAGCGUGCCAAGGAUGCCAUGAUCGAUGUGUCACAGUAUAUUAAUGAGGUUAAGCGCGAUUCAGAUCAUCUGGUCAUUAUACAAAAGGUCAAGGACAGUAUAUUCGAUUUGAAUUUGCCGCAAAACGGCAAUGAUCUGCUGCAAUACGGACGCCUGCUGCUGGACGGUGAUCUGCACAUUAAGGCGCACGAGGAUCAGAAGACCAAAAUGCGUUAUGCAUUUGUCUUUGAUAAAAUUCUAAUACUUGUCAAAUCGUUGCACAUUAAAACUGGCGACAUGCAGUACACAUAUCGUGACUCGCACAAUCUCGCCGAUUAUCGCGUGGAGCAAAGUCACUCGAGACGUACACUUGGUCGGGAUACGCGCUUUAAGUAUCAGCUGCUGUUGGCUCGCAAAUCCGCCAAAACUGCAUUCACCCUCUAUCUAAAGUCGGAGCCGGAGCGUGACAAAUGGCGCAAAGCGCUCACCGAGGCCAUGGAAAACUUGGAUCCACCGGGUUGUCGUAAUACGGAUCACAAAAUGGAAAUUUAUACCUUCGAUGCGCCCACCACGUGUCGGCAUUGUUCCAAAUUUCUGAAGGGGCGCAUACAUCAAGGAUAUCGCUGCAAGGUAUGCCAAAUUAGUGUGCACAGGGGUUGCAUCUCAUCCACAGGUCGCUGCAAACAGAAUCCGGUUAGCAUACCACCGCCUGUAUGCGAUCGCCAGUUGUCCGAGUUCAAUUGGUUUGUGGGCAACAUGGAUCGGGAAACGGCCGCCAAUCGAUUGGAGAAUCGUCGCAUUGGCACAUACCUGCUGCGUGUGCGUCCACAGGGUGCCUCCUCGCCACACGAGACCAUGUAUGCCCUCAGUUUAAAAACCGAUGAUCAUGUCAUCAAGCACAUGAAAAUCAAUCAGGAGAACGAUGGCGAGUCCAUGCUGUACUGCUUAUCCUCACGACGCCAUUUCAAGACCAUUGUGGAGCUGGUUUCCUACUACGAGCGCAACGACCUGGGCGAAAACUUUGCUGGGCUGAAUCAAUCGUUGCAGUGGCCCUUCCGUGAAGUGAUUGCCACAGCGCUGUACGAUUACGAUCCGAAAGCCGGAAGCAAUCAGCUCCAACUGCGCACUGAUUGUCAGGUACUUGUGAUUGGCAAGGACGGCGACAGUAAAGGCUGGUGGCGAGGCAAAAUUGGUGAUACGGUUGGCUAUUUUCCCAAGGAAUACGUGCAGGAGCAUCCUGUGACCAGCGAUGAACUUUGAUAUUACAACUAUGAGGUUUACUUUGCACCGAAGGCGACAACGCCAAAUGCGGCCAUUUCUGAAAUACCUGUAGCUGUACAAGCAACAAAUAAGGAGUCAAUCCACGACUACCACUACUACUACAACAAUAACAAUAAUAAUAACAACAACGUCAGUUAGAGGAACAACAACAACAGCAACAAGAAGCGAUUUUUGUUGCACUUAGUUAAAAUAUACAGAAAAACAAUUUUUUUUAUUACUAUUAUUAUUAUUAUUAUUAUUCUCUUUUUAUGUGCAUUUAAUUUUGCGUUGCUCGAAACGUUUGUGCCAACAACAGAACAAUUAUGAAUGCAUCACUGAAUGUUCUAUAAACUUUUAAAGUUAUUUUUUUUUAACUAAUUAUAUAUUGCAAUAUAUAUACAUCUAAAAUCUAUGUAGCAUGUAAGUACGUAUAUGUAAACUGUACGGGCGUGUUCAACAGUUUCAUUUAUUUAAUUUAACGUGUAUUUGCUGCUACUCGUCUUUAUACCCACAAAUAUUUCCAUGUUCUAUAUUGCGCUGCAUAUAAAUAAUUAGGUCAAAACCAAAUGGAUGACAAAAAAAAAAAAAGAAAAAUGAGAUACAGAUUAACAGAAUGCGCUGUGCAGCAUUUCAUACAAGAAGCUUUAAACUUUAUAUACUUGUACUGUAUACUAUAUAUAACAAGCUAUAUAUACUUACAAAUGUAAUGAACGUGUUAUUAUGUAUGUAUAAUGCUUUAAUUUUAUGUAUAAUUUGAAACGGAAAUGUUAACAAAACAUAAGCAACGUAGCAACAAUUGUGCGCAACAACAAAAAGCUUUAGAAAAUUAACAAGAAACAAACAAAACAUUUACUUACAUAUACUACUUAUAUACAUACUAACUUAAAUGUACCUAGGAGCCAACAAAUGCAGCUGACCUCGAAUCGGGUCUGAUUUGCAAAUUAGUUAGUCGACUUUACAAAGAAAAAUGUUAAGCAUAUACUAAACAAGUAUAACAUAUGCAUACAUAUAUACUUAAAUGAGACUUUUAAUAAUAUAUAUAUAUAUAUAUAUAUAUAUCUAAUCAUUUCCACAACAGUUUCUUGCACAGUUACGAAAGGUGUUUGCGUUCUGUUCUCUUGCACUUUGGCACUUUUGAGCAAUAAUAUUAACAACGACAACUGCAUUAAGCAGAAUAAAAAAAAGGAAAUAAGAAAGUUGGUUUCAAUCCUAAGAGUAUAUGUAUACGUGUAUGGUUUCAUAUAUAACUAUAUAUACAUAUACUUAUAUGUAUACAUCGCGGUGAUUUUCACUUGCAUUGUCUAACAACAAUUUGUGCAAAUUGCACAAUUGAUUCAUUCUUUUUAACUCAAAUAAUUCCGCAAUAUGCAUUUACAAAUGCACAAAUGCACUCCAUUGUACUCUCAGUCUCUUUCUCUCUCUCAAUUCCUUUCAAUCACUAUUUCGCCCCACUUUCCCUCUGUUUCCCUCUAUAUGAUAAUUAUGUAUGUGUAUGUACUGAAAAUAUUGUUCGGCAGCUGAAAUAAUUUAGAAAAAACAUUUAUUAGGAAUAACCUUACGAAAACAAAUCGAAAAUAUGCCACAAAAUGUGUAUCUGGCCCACUGUUUCAGGGCUGUUUUAGUAAUUAAUUAAUUUUAUUGAAAUUUGUCGCUUCCAGUUCUAUGCCAACGUAACAAAAUGUAUCAAAUGUUAAUGAUUUUUGUUUAACAAACACACGCACACAAAACGCGCUAAUAAAGGACUUUGUAUGAUUUGUUGUUCAAAUGAAAAAAA